UGACCGAGGCCAGUUUGCAAGCCUGUCCGGGCCAAAACCUAGAGCGAUUUGGGCCCCUGUACCUUUAAGAGUGCCUGGCGGGGGGCCAGCGGGCACCCCGGCUUGGAGAGCGGGGUCGCGUUAUUAGCAUUAUUAGCCGCCGCCGGGUGAACUCGGGCACUUUGCAGCGGUGAUGGGGGCGGGGAGUUGUGGUCCGAGUGGCUUUAAUCCGGCCUUCGGAGAGCGCGCUCCAACCCCAGAGCCGAGCCUGCCUUGUUCUUUAGAAGCUCUGGGACCUCGGCGUUGGGAGAGCCAGCAGGCAGAGGACAGUUUGUGAACCCGUGUUUGUUUUAAGUGUCAGUUGUGUGUUAACGUCGAGUCACACACCCAGAGGGUCACGGAGAGUUCACUUUUAAAAAAGUUAACUUUUUUCUUGCAGUGUAAGUUGCUAUUUUCCAAACAAUCUUUACUUUUUCGCCUUAUUUCCAUUUUUCAUGGUCUUUUCCAUUUUCUGAUGCGUGGAGAGUAAGUUUAGCAUUGGAAUUAAGAUAUUUCCGAAAAGCAAACGAUCCCCCCUACCCUUUAAGGGGGAGGGGUUUUUAAAAAGCCCCGCAGACCCUAAGCUGUGUUCCCUUUCCAAUCAGUGUCUGCCUUUGGGGCCACUUCUCUCCCUACUUCCUUGCUGUUGGGAAGUGAUUUGGGUCCUGCUGUGGGAUUGCACUUCGUCAACCCUGCGCCUCCACUAACGUACGAACGCAGGCUGCGGGACCUGCCCGAGCUUUGGUUGCUAGGUGGCCUCUCCAGGGAGUUUCAAGGGAUCAGACGCUACUGCGAGCACUCAGUGACCUAGGACAGGGUGUGUAUGUGUGUGUGUGUGUGCGCGCGCGCGCGCGCGCACGCGCGCGCAGGAGGGCCAUGGAGUGGGGAUAAAGGGUCAGUAGUCCUCAGGUCGUGAACGUACUAGGCCGUAGCCUUUCCCCCAAUGUGUCCUCGGGAAGACCUUCCCUAGGAGGCCCAGCCUUAGUUCCUUGCAGUCUCCUCGCGUCCCCAGGGCGCUCCGGUGCACAAGGGGUUUGCGCAGUGAGCACAGAACUCAGAGCGGUACCCUCGGCUUUUCUCCCCCCGCUGUGCGGUGCCGACUGCCCCCUGUUGGCUGUUGAGAGGUAGGACGCCGCCGGCUCUGGGCCUUGGAGCGGCCAGCUGCUCUUCCUCCUUUGCGCCCCCUCAAUCCUCUGGACCACCGCACCUCCUUUACAAGUCCACUGGAAUAUUAAGCCCGGGAGUGGCUUUGGGGACGGCUCGAAGUGCAAUGUCUUCCAAACUCUUCCUGAUGGCUUUGGCCAUAUUUUUCUCCUUUGCCCAGGUUGUAAUAGAAGCCAAUUCUUGGUGGUCGCUAGGUAUGAAUAACCCUGUUCAGAUGUCAGAAGUAUAUAUCAUUGGAGCGCAGCCUCUCUGCAGCCAACUGGCAGGACUUUCUCAAGGACAGAAGAAACUGUGCCACUUGUAUCAGGACCACAUGCAGUACAUCGGUGAAGGCGCGAAGACGGGUAUCAAAGAAUGCCAGUACCAAUUCCGACAUCGGCGGUGGAACUGCAGCACUGUGGAUAACACCUCCGUCUUUGGCAGGGUUAUGCAGAUAGGCAGCCGCGAGACCGCCUUCACCUACGCCGUGAGCGCCGCGGGCGUGGUGAACGCCAUGAGCCGCGCGUGCCGCGAGGGCGAGCUGUCCACCUGCGGCUGCAGCCGCGCCGCGCGCCCCAAGGACCUGCCGCGGGACUGGCUGUGGGGCGGCUGCGGCGACAACAUCGACUACGGCUACCGCUUCGCCAAGGAGUUCGUGGACGCGCGCGAGAGGGAGCGCAUCCACGCCAAGGGCUCCUACGAGAGCGCGCGCAUCCUCAUGAACCUGCACAACAACGAGGCGGGCCGCAGGACGGUGUACAAUCUGGCCGACGUGGCCUGCAAAUGCCAUGGGGUGUCCGGGUCCUGCAGCCUCAAGACGUGCUGGCUGCAGCUGGCGGACUUCCGCAAGGUGGGCGACGCCCUGAAGGAGAAGUAUGACAGCGCGGCGGCCAUGCGGCUCAACAGCCGGGGCAAGCUGGUGCAGGUCAACAGCCGCUUCAACUCACCCACCACGCAGGACCUGGUCUACAUCGACCCCAGCCCUGACUACUGCGUGCGCAAUGAGAGCACGGGCUCCCUGGGUACCCAGGGCCGCCUCUGCAACAAGACCUCGGAGGGCAUGGACGGUUGCGAGCUCAUGUGCUGUGGCCGUGGCUAUGACCAGUUCAAGACGGUGCAGACGGAGCGCUGCCACUGCAAGUUCCACUGGUGCUGCUACGUGAAGUGCAAGAAGUGCACCGAGAUUGUGGACCAGUUUGUGUGCAAAUAGUGGGUGCCCGCCGUCACCCAGCCCUGUGCCCAGGACCCACUUAUUUAUAGAAAGUACAGUGACUCGGGUUCUUCUUUUUAAAAAUAUUUUUAUUUUUCCUCAAGAAAUGCAACCGGAACCAUAUUUUUUUCUGUUACCAUCUAAAAACUCUGUGGUUUAUUAUUAAUAUUAUAAUUAUUAUUUGGCAAUAAUGGGGGUGGGAACCAAGAAAAAUAUUUAUUUUGUGGAUCUUUGAAAAGGUAAUAAUCCAAGGCUUCUUCUGCUAGUAUAGGAUGAGAGGGAAGCAGCGCACACCCCAGCCUGGGUGUGUGGAUGUAGCACACACCCAGCAAGUAAAGGUAAUGCGUAUUUUUCUUAGCUGUGGAGUCAUCUGGGAUGGUAAGGUCCAGCCAGAGUGCCCUGGUACGAAUGUGUGCAUGAUUCAGCUUCUAGGACUAAAACGAACUCUGAAUGCUCUGGGCAAGACAAAAGGUCUUGAGAAAACAAGCAAAAACACAGAAAAUGAGUGACCCAAUUUCCUAGGGGCUGACAGUUUGCAAAAUAUUUGCAAAAUUAUGAUUUAAAAAUAUAUAAGAACAAAUGUCUCAUCUCUUCAAAGAAAAACAGGUAUAACAUGAGCUGCAUUCUCCAAUGCCCCGUCUGCAGGUUGUCUGUUGUCUAGUAGCUUAGGAAACUUGGAGAGCCAGUUAAGUAAAAAUUGGGGCAACAGAAAAGUGCCCAGAAAUUAGAAAAUUUGGAAUCUUCUAGAUGGCGUUACCUAGGUGUUACCUCAAACAAUUCUGGAGACCAGACUUCUUUGGGAGGGAUGUGUUGGGUUGGACAUAAAGAGCAAUACCUUGUCAUUGUGGUAGAGAUUGGCCUGGUUCAUAAGUGCCAGUGAAAAUAACACCUGAAUUCCAUUCACAGAUCUUCAGCCCAGACAUCAAGGUGAUUGCAUGCAGAGCAGGAAACCCCACUGAGGAAAUAAGUGAAGCCCACUUUCCUAGCUGGCCCCACACCCUCUCUGGUCCCUCUGUGCCAUGAUGUGGUGCUGGCCACGCUCUGCUGGGUCCCGUGAUUGUAGGACAGGAAAUGAAACAUUAGUUCUGAAAAAUAGUUUGCUACUUAGGGAUUUUUCCCCCUAAAUCUUUUACUUUGAGACACAGUAAGUUCUAGUGCUUUGAUGGCAUUACUUAGCUAACAGAGUCCACAGAGGCAUCAUCGUGUUCAUUGGUAGAGUCCUGUGUUUAUCCAUCCACUUGUGCUUUCCUAGUUACCCUGCAGGUGCACCCUCAGACUGUUCCUAAUGUACUGGGGCAGUUGCAUUUAUAAGAGAGUGACGUGUUUUAAUGGUGCCUAAUAUCUCAAGUCUUUUGUACAUAUCAUAUAUAUAUAUAUAUACAUAUAUAAAUAUAAAUAUGAUUAUAUCUCAGUGCAGCCAGGAUUUAUAUUUACAGGUUUACUCUGGGCAUGUUUCUAUCUGGAACAUUGCUGUCCUUCACUGCAGCCCAGUCGGGGAUUUUCCAAGUGUAUUUUGAAUCUUGUGUUUGGCCUGUGGCCCUGCUGGGCUCAUACCCUGAGCACCAGGAAACUUGUUUCUGAGGAAGCUCGGGAAUCCCAUUCACUGACAUGCAUGUUGGUUUGGAGAUUGCUUUCUCUGUCCUGCUCGCACCCUCACCUCCAGCUUGCCGGUUGUGUUCUCUGUGGAGAGGGCAUUGUGUGUUCCUCAUAGUCGUGGACAUUAGAUACACCUUAGUGGCAUCUCGCUGUGCCUAGUGUGUUCCACAGGGUGGACACGGGUGCCUGUUGGAUCUGGUGAUACCUGUUUGAGUCCCUAAGGAGGAGCUAGCUCACUGAAUAGACUGCUAGUUUAACAAUUUUUUAAAACAAGGACACCUCUUUCCCCAGAGUGCUAUCAAAUGUGUUCUUAUCUCAGAUGGUCAUUGUUUUAAGGGUUUGCAAAACUGCAGAUCUCCUGUACCCUUCAUGGGCUUGGUGGCCUUUAUAUCACCUCAGCCAAGUAGCUCUUAAUUUAUUGCACAAGGGUGUUCACUUCCCCUCAGCUGCAGUGAAUUGCAAGCAAAAGAUCUUGAAAUUAAAAAGCACUAUUGAGUUUAAAAUGUCACUUUUUUGGUUUUUAUUCUACAAAAACCAUGAAGUACUUUUUUUAUUUGCUAAAUCAGAUUGUGUUCCUUUUUAGUGAUUCAUGUUUAUGAACAGAGUUGAGUUUAACAAUCCUAGCUUUUAAAAGAAACUAUUUAAUGUAAAAUAUUCUACGUGUCAUUCAGAUAUUAUGUAUAUCUUCUAUGGCCUUUAUUCUGUACUUUUAAUGUACAUAUUUCUGUCUUGUGUGAUUUGUAUAUUUCACUGGUUUAAAACAAACUGAGAGGCUUAUGCCAAUGGAAGAUAGAAUAUAAAAUAAAAGGCUACUUGUAUAUUGGGAAGUGGUUUUAGUUGUCCUUUAGAUAAUUCACACAGAGAUUUUUGGAAGAGUUGUGAAGGAUAGCUUAGGAUAACUACAUGUUAAAGUAAUGGAAGAGUGGAGAAUUUUACAAAAACCAAACUAUUUGGAAGCUUCAAAGGAUUUCUAUAUGUAGCAGAACAAAAGGAGAAUUCUCUUUUCCUAUAUAUGAUCCUAAAAAAAAUCAAGCAGAUGGCUUAAAGCUGGCUGUAGGAUUGCUCACAUUCUUUUAGCAUUAUGCAUGAAACUUAAUUGUUUUAGAGCGUGUUGCUAUUGUAACAUCCCAGAGAAGAGCUCGAAAGGCACACACUUUUAUCCGUGACCAGAGUGCUAGUCUCCCCACCCGCCCCAAAAUGUGUCUUUGUGUUUACCACUGCAACAGUUGCACCUCUGUCUUUGAAUUCACUGUGGACCAUGGGUGACGCUUUCCUGCCCCUUGGAAAGCUGCUUUUAGGAAAAGAAAACCUCAGUCAGCAGAGAAUGAAAACUCUGGAAACUAAAGGUUUGUUGUGUUAAGUGCAAUCCAUGCGAGUGCAUGUGUUUUAUGCAGAUGUGCACUGAGGCUGGCAUCCGCUGCUCAGACUGAUCCUUUAGCCCUUUGCUUUUCUCUUUCCAGAUGACCUUGUAACAUUGAAACCUCCUAAGGAUGCCAAGAAUACAUUAUUUAAAAAAACCAGUAGAUCAACAUAUACAGUAUUUAAAAUAGCAUUUCUGGGCAAAUUCAAACGCUGUGGUUCUAGGACUCACAUCUGGUUCAGUUUUUCCUGACUUGUAUAUUGACCAGUGUUCUUUAUUGCAAAAACAUAUCCUAGAUGUAGCAGUGUCAGCAUAUUUUUCUUCUCAUCCUUGGGUACAUUCAAAAUCUUCCCAAUGUGGAAAAUUAACUAAAAAAUGUAUACAUAGGCAAUGCCGAAUAGAGCCAUGUUCAAGAGAACCAUUAUGGGAAGGUUUUGUGCUCCAGUCUCAUCUCUCCAUUCAGUUCCUUGAGUUUCUUGGCUACCUGUGGCUGGCUCUAUGGAGGCUGGAGCAGCCUCCCAGCUCACCACUUCUCCAAGAUCAGUUUUCAGGUGGUUUCUGCAAACCCAUUCAAGCCACUGGCAUGAUCAGGUAUGCUGUGGGAGUAGGGUGCUAGGUCCUCCAAAUGGAAGACUGGUACCGGCUGACCCAGGAGAUGAGCAGCAAAAGUAGCCCUCAAAGACUGAAGGGCUCAGGAGCAGGGAGUACAUGGCUGGAACAGGUGCGCGUAACUUGAAGCAUAUUGAAUGCAGAAGACCAUCAAGGUGCGGGUCUAAAAUACUGCAUUAGUACUGUAAAUAUACAUUAAAAUAUUUAUUUUUUAAAAAAGUAUUUCCUAGUCUUCCCCUCUAUUGAAUGGUAAAAAUGUGGUGUCAUGUUUUGAAAGAUGACGAAACACAUUUUUAAUUCAGGAAACAUUCAGAGAUCUAGGAGUUGAAACUUAUGAGACCUAAUGACUUGCCUAUCAACAAAAUUUAUGCUUACAUCUGGUGCUUUCAUAGGGAAAUACCUUGUUAACCAACUUUAAAACAUGGAUGUAUAGUAAUUAAAGAUUGGAAUUUUUAAAAAAAAUGUAUCACUUUGAAUCUAGAAGGUUAAAUGAAAAUGCUGUCUCAGUAUUUCAAAAGCAAAAAGCAAUGGAUUAAAUUGCAUUUAAGACCA